UUUUUAAAAAUGUUGGAAAGAAAUUUUAUUAAUUUAUUAACAAGAACAACACAGUAACGCAAUCACACAGACUCCACAGUCCAAGGACCAAGGAGAGCUUUUGUAUACAUCAAUCAUCAUCUCUCUCUCUGGUUUGAAUCGGCGGCGACUGAGUCAACUCGGUGGGAGCUGUUUGUUGUGACUUGUUUUAUGUGUUGUUUGAUUUAGUUGAUUUAUGGAUCCGAGUGGGAUGAUGAACGAAGGAGCUCCGUUUAAUCUAGCGGAGAUCUGGCAGUUUCCGUUGAACGGUGUUUCAACCGCCGGUGAUUCUUCGAGGAGAAGCUUCGCCGUCUCUGGGACGAAUCAGUUCGGUGAUUCGGAUCUAACCUCUGCUGCCACUAACGGCGAUCCGGCGCGUAUGAGUCACGCGCUUUCUCAGGCUGUGAUCGAAGGUAUCUCCGGCGCGUGGAAGCGGAGGGAAGACGAGUCUAAGUCGGCGAAGAUCGUCUCCGCCAAUGGCGCGAAUGAAGGUGAGAACAAACGACAGAAGAUAGAUGAAGUGAGUGAUGGGAAAGGUGAAGCUGGAUCUCCUGGAACAGAGACGGAACAAAAGAAGCAACAGAUUGAACCAAUGAAAGAUUAUAUUCAUGUUCGAGCUAGAAGAGGUCAAGCUACAGAUAGUCACAGUUUAGCUGAAAGAGCGAGAAGAGAGAAAAUUAGCGAGCGGAUGAAGAUCUUGCAGGAUCUUGUACCAGGAUGUAACAAGGUUAUUGGAAAAGCACUUGUUCUUGAUGAGAUAAUCAACUAUAUACAAUCGCUGCAGCGUCAAGUUGAGUUCUUAUCGAUGAAGCUCGAAGCAGUCAACUCAAGAAUGAACCCUGGCAUCGAGGUUUUUCCACCCAAAGAGUUUGGUCAGCAGGCGUUUGAGAAUCCGGAGCUGCAAUUCGGGUCGCAAUCGACGAGGGAGUACAGUAGAGGAGCAUCACCAGAGUGGUUGCAUAUGCAGAUAGGAUCAGGUGGUUUCGAAAGAACAUCCUGAUAAAAAGAACAAGACUUGGUCAUCAUCUUACUACAAAAAUAAGAGAAAAUCCCGAGAAGAAAAAAGCAUACAUACAUACAUACAUAUGAAUCUCAAUUCUCAUUAUAGGUUUUAAAUAUAUGGAUGUGAAUAUACACAUCAUAUUGUUCUAAAGAAAGCAAAAAAAAAGAUAGAAAAGAAGAUAUAGUUAGUUUCGACAUCAAGAAACUAGAAAAGCUGGUGAAGGCUUUUUAAAGUAGAAAUUAAUUAAAACCUCUUUGUAAAAGAAAGAACGUUCUUUGUUAUAAAAUUGUAUGAUGUCUCUCA